ACUGUUUUGAUAGGCAAAUAUUAAACAUGUUUUAUCUCAACAGGUGGGUAUUUGUGACAAAGAAAGAGUACCAGGCAAAAGAUGACACUAUCGAGAGUUCUGUGGUAACUAAAGUUAAAGGAGUUGCACGUGUCAAUGCAACAAAUUUAAAAUUAUGGGGACCAGAGGACUAUGUUUUCCCAAAACAGGGUGAGGGUUUUGUUUGUGUAAUAACCAAUUUCAUCGAGACACCAAACCAAACAAUGGGCAACUGUUUAGAGAGCCCCUUCUUACCAGAUGCCAAUUGCACUAAGGAUGAAGAAUGCAUAGAAGGAAAGGCUGUUAGGGCUGGAAACGGAAUUAAGACUGGCCUUUGUAUUAAUGGCACUUGUGAAAUAAAUGGCUGGUGUCCCACUGAAAAGACCGAGAAGCCAGACCCAGCCACUGUGGUGAGACAAGCUGAAAACUUUACCAUAUACAUAAGGAACUUCAUCAGAUUUUCCCAGUUCAACUUCUCAAAAUCAAAUAUAUUAAACAAAAAUGAUUCAUAUCUUAAAAACUGCUCGUAUGAUGAAAUUACCGACCCGUACUGUCCUAUUUUUCGGCUGGGAGAUAUUGUAAGAAAAACUGGACAUAGCUUUCAAGAAAUGGCUGUAAAGGGUGGUUCACUUGGUGUUAUGAUUGAGUGGUCCUGUGACCUUGAUAAAGAUGACUCAAAUUGCAAUCCUCACUACAGCUUUCUGUUUCUGGGCAGCAACAAGUCACACGGAUAUAACUUCAGAUUUGCUUACUAUUUCAAAGAUGAUGCAGGAAAGGAGCAAAGAACACUUUACAAAGCGUUUGGAAUUCAUUUAGGCAUCAUGGUGUUUGGAACGGCAAGAAAGUUUAGUAUUAUUAAGACCAUCAUCAACAUAGCAUCAGUUCUUACUUUAAUGACUGCUGGGUCUUACUUAUGUGACAUUAUACUAUGCAUGAUGAAGAAGAACACUGCUCACAGAGACUCAAAGUUUGAGAGAAUACCAAAGAUUGACAAAGAAAGUCCAGUGAAAAAGAUGCCAGAGGGUCUGAAGAGAAAGUUCAGUUUAUGAAAUUUGCCAUAAUAGCAAUGCUUGUAGUGUGAAAUAUGAGGAAAGCGCAUUGUAUUCAUCUCAUUCGAGGCAGACAUCAUUAGCUGUAAGUCUAUAAGCUAUAAGUCUAGAAAAUGUUAUUUAUAUAAUAUAUUGUAUGAUGUAUAAAUACAAUGACAUAUUCAGAUUUAUAUCUGUGUUUGAUUUCCUUAUGUUGUGUCUAAGAGACAGCACCUGUAGAAACUUGAUGCAUGUUUAUCAAUCAGCUGGAAUUUUUAAAUGUCUUGUUUUGUACACUUCCUUAAUUCUCAAUGUUAAAUUUGCUCCAUGAGAUAUUAAGUAUGUCAUGUAUUGUAAAUGAGGGAAUUGCUGGUCCUUCACCACUUAAUUUACACUAAUAGCAGCAUCGAGUAUAAAUAAUUAGCAUAUAGGACUGAGAUGACGCAAUACAUUUAUUGUAUUAACUUCAGAAGGUCAAUUAUAUAGUAAAUUAUAUUUAUAAUGCCAUUUUAACAUGUCAUUAAACUCAUUCAAUGGA